CACAUUCUUACUGUAGAGUCUUUAUAAAUUGCCUUAACUGAUUCCAAAAGUUAUUUAUUAAUCAAAAGGGAUCCAAGUAUUACAAGUCAUAUUGGUGGUUUGAGGAGAUGGCAUUGCAUUCAACAAAAAGUAUGCCUUAGACACUGCUGAAGGUGACAUUAGGGCCUGAACUCUGUCUUGGUUUGGGGUGAUCCCAGUCCUUCCAGUGUAACCUGUACACAAACGUUUUAUCAUGUGGUUGAGAAAUCCAGUUUAAGCUGGCAGUGUUAAGCACAGCAGAAGGUGAAACCAGAGGGGGUGGUGUUGGCUUGAGAAGUUGCACUAAUAAACUUUAAUUCUCUAAUAAGGAUAUCUCUGUCAGAACAAAGGUAGUAAAUGAAUGUUGCUGUAAACACUGGCAUGGAUUUUUAGGUCUGUCUCUACAUUUGUUGCAUUUAUUUUACAUAAUUCUGUGUUCAGUGCUUUUAAUGUCUUGUGAAAAGAACUCACUGGUUCACUUGCUUAUUUUCUUCUGUUGUCCUUGUAAAAUAUCUACAUAAAUCCAGAGUGACUACCUCAUAUUAAGAAAGACGAUUUUCAAAAGUUAAGACAUUCCCUCUGUCCUUGCACCAUUCAAUUUUACACUUUGAAUGUUUUCUGUUGGAAUACAAUAAACUCUUGUCACUAGGGAGGGGAACGAGACAGGACAGGCUAGAGCUAAAGAGAGAGCGACUAAAGGGAUUAUCAUGCGUCAGUUCAAGAGUAUGUCUCAUCCCAUUGCUGGCCAUCAUCAAAGGAAGCUCAACUUUUCUCCACAGGGAAACACAGGAUUAGUUGCUCAGCGCCGUUAGUGGUGACUGUUACUGUUUCCAACCAGGACGAAUGCCUGUUCUUCUACUUUCCAGAGGACAACUUUAGCUUGAACUUCAAGACUUCAAGAAUUCGGGAAUUCAAGCUGCCCAUCUGGGUUCUAAUGCCAUGAUUAAACAAUGUGACAGAGGAAUUUUUAUUGACUUUCUGUGGUCACUUCACCAAUCCAGAGUGACUACCUCAGAUCAUGCAUAUGAUCAAACCUUUCUUGAUGACAUUGUCUUGUGGAGGUCUGGGGAAUCCUAACCUCUAUGGCACCCUAAGAUUGAUCAAACAUUGACGGAGGAUUGGGAGCAUGUGUAAUUAUCUUAUCCCUCCCCUGUGACCUAUGGUGACCCAUAUCUCAUGGGAAACUUGACAAAGGUGGAAAGGGAUAGACGUCAACAGCCUGGCAGGAUUCAGUCUUCCGUCACGCAGGGUGAGACAACGUAUUUCAAUAGGCCUGUGGACAUAAACUCUAGGUCCUCUUGUCCUGGCACCCCACAAAAAUUUUAAAAAGUGUGGGGGGGCAGGGGAGGGUUUAAAUGGUGUUAAUAAUAGAGGAACAAAGUGAAGGUUCAAAGGUUCGAGAGAAUGGAGUGUCCGGAGGCGUGGGACUGGGUGCGAUUGAGUUUAGGACCAAUAAAGUGGCUAUGGAUACACCUGUCAUGUCCAUCACCAAUGUUGACAAAAAUGGGGAUGAGUGUGAGAUGUCAGGAGAGGAUGAUAACAAGGAGAAUGAAGUUGAUUACACACGAAACUACUGGGAGGAUGAGGACGAUAUCUACCAGGAGUUCGAGGAGUUGGACUUCGAUGCCCUUCCGGAUCGCUCGGACACGCAGAGCAUUGCCUCGGACGAUUCUUUCUAUCCCCCAGACAAUUCAGUUGUGUCCCACAAGUACUGGUCACCAAGCCCUGACAGCCCCAAGCCCAUUUCCUUCUUUGAGGCCUGCUGCAACAAUAACUCCAUCAUUGUCAAGAUUAUGAUCAGACAAGGAGUGACCGAAGAGGAAGUGAAAGAGACGGAUAGGAACAGAAGAUCUGGCCUGAUUUUGGCAUGCUACCAUGGCUACGUGGACGUGGUCCUCGCCCUCUCUCAGUGCCCGUAUCUUGAUGUUAACUGGCAGGACAACGAGGGCAACACUGCUCUUAUUACUGCAGCACAAGCAGGUCAUAUGAUCAUCUCUAACUACCUGCUCAACUACUUCCCUGGGCUGGACAUCGAGAGGAGGAACUGUCACGGUUUCACAGCUUUGAUGAAGGCUGCCAUGCAGGGCCGGGCUGAGUGUGUCAGGGCUCUCAUGCUGGCUGGAAGUGAUAUUCAGGCACGGGAUAAUGGCCGCAAUAUGACACCCAGGGAGUGGGCUUUCUUCACUGGUCGAUACCAGACAGCCUACCUGAUGUAUCAGCUGAUGUCAAAGCCCUGUGCUGAGCAGUUCUGUGACUCCUUCUCCCUGGAGUGGCCCAUGCUGAAGGAGCUGGUGGCCCAGGCCCAAGAGCCAAAGUCCUGCUGGAGGCGUUUGAUCAGCCUCAUCUCCUGCUGCCCUUAUAGGUUUUACCUCAACAACAGGAUAAACCCUGUGGAUGAUGGCGUUCUUGACCACAUGGUCCGGAUCACCACCAGUAUCUCCAGUCCAUUCAUUGCCAUAUCGUGCCGCACGGUGUGUCCAGACAGCCCACCGUGCAUCGGGAAGCGUCGUCACGCCGUGCAGGAGAUCCUGAGGAGGCAACGGGUGGCAGAGCUGAAGCGUCUGGGCCCAGACAGACUGAACAACUACAAGAGAUUUUUCCAGAACUCAAGGGUCCUCCUCAUCCCCAAGGUGAGGGAUCGGAGGGCCAGCCUCCAGCCGCAUCUGCUGAGUGACGUGGCCGCGGCGUCCACAGUGGCCAUGAGACGAGCAAGUCUCCUGCCUCUGAAUAUGCUGAGGAGAAGCAGCGUGCGGCCAGGCAUCGUGGUGCCCAAAGUGAGGCUCUGCAAAGCCCCGUCUCAGAGCUUUAUACCGGAAAAACUCAAAAAGAGCAGUAACCACAACCAGCUCCAGAUUCCCAAAUGGAACUACAAGAUGAAGAGAAUAGAGAGGAGGCAAAAGGAGGAGAGGCAAAGACUGUUACCUCUGACAAGGAGGAGAUGAGGGGAAAGGGGAGUACUGUAUGUUCACAUUACCCGAGAAAGCAGACUUUCUGCAACUUUAAAGAGCUUGAGUGUGUCUUGUUGGAAAGCCCUCACAUGGCUCUCACAACGCAGUGUUGCAGUUCUAGAAAAAUUAAACCUAAAGAAUUGACUCUGUUAAUGUGAAUGUAACUGCUGAUUUUCAGUUUUGUUUGCUGAGAUUGCCGACAUUGUUGGAUUUGUUGCCUUGUUUCUACUUGAGUUCACACUCUUCAUUUCUGAGGCAUAAUUUGUGGUGCAAUGUGGGAGAUACGGGAUUAAAAAAAAAUCCACAUACAGUAUAUAUUUGUACAUACUGUACAUUUUUCCAUGUUGGCAGCUUAUAUUUAUGGUAAAUUAAAUGGCACGUGACAAAAGAAGACAAAGAGUAUGAGUUUCAGCAUGCUUCAAAAGAAGUGCUUGUCCAACUGUCUGAAGCGGAGGUUUAGAUACUAUGCCGCAAAGAAGGAAGCAAAAUGAGGAACGAUUCAUUAAAAGAAACACAGGAGAGGAAUAUGAUAAAGGGUUUAGAGUUGGAAAGAAUGAGUAAAGGACACAUAGGGUAAAAGGUUGAACAAAGUGAAAUUUGAAAGGAAAAUUUGCCAGAGAGGAAUAUCAAGAGGGGAGAAAUGGGGCAUGAAAACGCAGGAAGGUGACAGCCAGUCGGAGGGAUUUCACAGGAUGGAGAGAAGAGCUCUGACACGGCCACAUGAAGAUAGGUAGCUGGCUGCUACAGCAGAUUGCCACAGGGAAGGAUCGCUGAGCACGCAGGAGGAAGCCAAGAAGCCAUUUUGCACUGAUACAUAGUACAACAGGUAUUUGCAUGGAAGGGAUGAGCUUAUGAGCAGUAUUUGACAGCUGAGCUGAGGAGGCAGCGCACACAGGCUUUGUAAGGGCUUUGUGGAGAAUUGGAAAGGCAGAGCCAAAAAUAAACAGCUUAGUGUUAGGCUGUGACUUGUUGACUUUCAAAAUAAUCACAAGAGAUAGUCCACUGCUACUCUCUGGUACUGUAUGUAUCUCCUGCUCUGUGAGAAAUGGAGGCCCACCCUUAGUUGUUCCUGUGUGAGUAUUCUGUAUGAAUUCUGCUCUGGAAUGGCAGUAAUGAAAAAAACAUUUAGAGGAGCUAAAUACAUUAAAUAUAUUGCUACAAAAUGUCAGUACGGAAAAAAGUAUUAAAUAUGGCACUUUUAGUAUGUAAAUCUCUAUGAAAGAUAAAUGAGAUGGGUUUAAAAGGACACAUACUAUAUGGUGUAUUACCUUAAUCACCCUCUAGUAGCAACCACUAGAAAUUCCAAUAAUACUGUAAAAAAAAUGUCGAUGCCUGAUGUUGAGAAAGCUAACAAAUUAGUGCAUUAGACCGAGCAAAAACUUAAAUAUAUAAAUAAUAUUUUCAAGUGGGGGCGUGAGGCGUCUAGCAUUGAUUUGUUAGUCAUUUUGUGCUGUGAGGCAGGACAAAUCUCACUAAAUGCCCCUUUAAUAUUUAAUCCGUCAUGUAACCUGACAGACUUUGGUACGAUGUUAGUAAACCAUGCAACACCAAAGGGAUGAAUGAGCUCUGUACUCUUUUCUACUUUUGACCGUUUGUCUCUGGGACUGAACUGGUUUGGACUGGACCACAGUGAACUGUACUUCAGUGAACUGGAGACUGUUAAGGGCUUCCUCUAUGGAUCUCUUUACAUUUCUGCCAAAAACUGUUCAGUCUGUCCGGGCCCUGACAAAUACAUGUUACACUGUCACUGGCUUCUGAGGAAACACUGUGAUUCAUACUUGAAUGUUGAUAUGGAUCUUUUUUUGUACCUUCAUUUCUCAUCGUUGGUGUAUAAUCACAUAUACCCUUACUUUAUUAUAUUUAAAAAUACUGAUAUGUAAUUUUAACCAGGGUUAUGGAAGCUAAGCUACAAUAAAGAGCUUAUAGGUCAAUUUCAUGUGCCUCUUUGUCAUUCAGGGAGAAAUUGUAAGAAGACAUUUAGUUUUAAUGAAGCCUCUAAUUGUGUAAGGUCUUUCUCUGUUUUUUCAUUACACACAAAAAUCAUCCCAAUGACUGUUGGCUGCAAUAAACUUGUUUGUGAUGCUCUGAGGCUGCCCAACUGAAAAAUCACUUUAAUAUUACUACAGCAAUUCACGAUGUAGCCAUCCUUCCACAACUGUUUAAAUGUUUAUCUUUUUUUUUAUGCUGCUGGUAUUAUGAAAAAUACUUAUUCUUACCACUUCAUGAUGCAGUGACAGUGGAAGAAACCAGAAAUAUAAAAGCAAAAAACAACAUUCUGUUAAAACUUUGUUCUUACUGUCACACAUUUCAGACUGCUGAUGACCAAAGUGAUAUAUUGUUUUCUCAAGGAUGAUGUCUGUGGUUGAAAUGUCUGCAUGUGCAUUCAUGAAGAACUGACAAAGAAUCAGUGAAAUUCUGGAGGGAGUUUUGUGUACUGUACACUCCCUCUUAAGCCUCAGAGUGCUGAAUCACUAUAGGGAUCUCCUACAUGAGCAAAACUUUAGUUUUAGUUUUAGUUAUGUUUAGAAAUAUCUGUCCUGGGAACCAAAAAGAAUACUAAAAAAAAUCUUUUUACCUGCUGCAGAGAAAUACUGUAUACUAGUAGGAAUGCAGCUUGAGGUAGAAUUUAUUAAACCAGCCUCCAGAGUCUGCUGCAUGCUGAUUUUAACUAUAGGUGUCCUGCAAAAAAUAUUUGUGGUGUAGCUGAGAUAAGGAAAAAGAUGCAUUUCAGCCAGCCUCUCAUUUCUGGAGCUGUGACUGACGCCUCGCCUGUGCUUUGUUCUGCGCUCCAACGGUGCAUGGGUAAUGAAAAACCCAAAGCUCUCAAAGAUAAAAUCUGUGCCUGUGGUGUGUGAUCUAUCUGCAGAGAGCCAUGCAUAACAGCUCUCAGAGACUAAAAUGGCCGCCACCCUGACCUGUGGUGCGGUUUCUCUAAUGACCACUAGAGGGCACUCAUGACCCUUUAGAUGUCAAUAUAGUUACAUGUAACAUUAAGAUAAACACAUUACUUACAGGCAAGCACAUGGCCCUGAACAUUCACCUUCACACAUUACGAUGCAGCACACACACACACACACACAGAGAGCCCAGAAUAAGAGAUUAUCUCAUGAGUGGCUUUGCAGUUAAAUUUUAAAAGGGUACGAUCAUGUGUUUCCUCUGUUCUCUUCUUUUCUCAAGCAAUGGAAAGCUUUUUGUGGCUGCUGUAUGAGACUGCAUCAUCCAGUAUUUCCAUCUGUGGAAGAGAGAUUUUCAUACCAUGUCAACUAUUGUCCCUAAAGUGUCUGAAAUGUGCUGAAAUGAACAGUUAAAGCAAUUUAAAAUGACUUCUGUGUUCAAACCCAAAUUAAAACAGAACAUGCUGUAAUACUUGAGCCCAGUCUCACAACAUUUCGGUCUUGUGGGUGUUUUGGCUCAUAUUUGUCUCGGUCUUGGGUCUCAAGUCCAGUUGCCUUUUUUUUGCCUUACCUGCCCAGCGUUGUUUUGCUUAGUUUCGUAGCACACUGGUGACUGCUGUAAGUCAGUUAUCAGUCCACCAGGAUGCACAAUUCUUUCAUUUACAAGUGCAGGUAAUGCUUACUUUUCGUAAUGUGUCUGCCAUAGCAACCAAGUGUCUUUAUUUUAGACAUGUAGUUUUAUGCACAAAUGUAUGGAAAGGUAUCAGACUUUCAUAGUUAGCUUAUGAACAGCGAACAAAGUAAAUUAGUCGCAUAAACAUUGCAUUAUUUCCUAAAAUCGUGAUUACAACUCUGAGAAAAAGUCACACAUUUCACAUUUCAAACUCUUCUAAAUCCAAAUAACUGCAGAAUAUUGAAUAGGCACUGUUUUGUAUUUUGGUCUCAGCUGUGACUUGGUCCCAAGCCCACUUGGUUCUCUUUCAAACACCCCCAUGCCCCGUAGCCCACCCCAUACUCAUGCUAUCAUGCAAAUAAUAAUAAUAAUAAUAAAGAUAAAACACAUUUCUUU